CGAGUUCUCGGCUGAUCUCAGGUGGGAGAGGCAAGCUGGUCUCAACUAAGCUUUGGUAAUGUAAGCUCCUGGAUUUGUCUGAUCCAAAAGUGAUCCAACGACAAGAAAGGAUUGUAGAGAGGAUCGGGAAAACGUAUUGGCCAUUGGAUUCGAUCAAUUGCAGGAGUAGAAGUUACGGUUUUGAAAGAGAGAACACGAUGAUUAGAAGCACCGACAAUUGUGAAGGCGGCCUUUGCAAUAGGGAAAGUGAGACAUGGUCAAGACGUUGUGUAAACGAUGGUCAGUGCAGGGAUCAUUGCAUUAACAAUGAUAGAGGAGUAGAUGGAAACUGCGGUGGUGGCUACCCGUGGUACAGAGGAUGCUUCUGCUUCUUCGCUUGCUAAUAUAUACCAAAAGCUAUUCGUUGCUUGUGUGUUUAUUUUACAUAAAAUAAUUCUGCGACAUUCCAUUGAAUAAUAUAUCUACGUAUACAUUUAACAUAUAACAUGGAUCUCCAGCAUGUGGAUCUCUA